CCAGGCGGUGGAAGUAUAUCUCACUCUCUCUGCGAUUUCUCAAGCGUGUGAAGUGUUUUUUUGGUCACUUCAACAAGACAUUGCGUUGUGCAUCUUGUCUAAAUCGUGACAAUUAUUCCCUUCAUUGAAGGGGAGGGAUUGAAAGUUUGAGUGAUAUGAAUUCACAAUUGGGUUCUGCAAAGAAUCAUGAAAAAGAGGACCAUGGAAUUGUGCAUGUAGCUUCAAGAAAGAGGAAGCUGAGUGGACGAGAAUUUAAGAAACUUCUAGUAUCACGGGUUAAGAGAGUGAAUGCCAUAGAUAAUGCACAUGGAAAGCAGGAUAGGCUGUCUGAAAGUGGUUGCUCUGUCAGUGGAACUAAUGAACACAGUGUAACCAACAUGAGAGUUCCAGAAAGCUCCUGUUCAAAUUCCAAAGAAGAAAGGUUGGAUGAUUCCCUACAAGAAUGUACCUCUACCUGCAAUUUACAAGAUAAAAUCAAUACAAAAUCAUUGCUUGACCUUGACUUGAAGCCUACAAAUCCAGAGGCUUGUGAUGUGCAGUACAUAAAUUCCAAACAGGAUAAUGAGAUUGGAAGUGAGCAUAGCAAAUGUCUGAUAUGCUCUGAAGGGGGAAAGCUCUUAUGCUGUGCUGGAAAAGGAUGUGGGAGGAAGUUCCAUCUCCCUUGUGUAGACCCCCCACUAACAUAUUUCCCUCUUGGAGCAUGGUACUGUAUUUGGUGUGUCAAAAAGAAGAUGGAAUUAGGUGUUCAUGCUGUGUCUGAAGGAGUAGAGUCUAUUUUGGAUUCUAGAGGAGCUGAUUGUGAAAAUGAAGUGAUGCAUAAACAGAAGGAAUAUUUGGUAAAGUACAAAGGCCUUGCUCAUAUUCAUAACCGCUGGAUUCCAGAGGCAGAGUUGACUCUAGAGGCUUCAGCACUGCUUGCAAGAUUUAACAAACACAAUAAGAAUGUGAGUUGGAAAACAGAUUGGACUAUGCCUCAUCGUUUGCUUGAGAAAAGGUUGUUGUUACUACCGGAGUCCAGUGAAACAUAUUCUCUGGGGCAUAAUGAUAAUGGUUCCAUUUGCCGUUAUGAGUGGCUUGUGAAAUGGACAGGCCUUGAUUAUGAUCAAGCUACUUGGGAAUUAGACACUGCUCCAUGUUUAAAUUCCUCCAAUGCAUUAAAAAUGAUCAGUGACUAUGAAAGUCAUCAUAAAAAGGCAAACGCAGAGGUGCAUCCUUCCAAGAAUGAUAAGGAUAAGGGAAGUAGAAGUCCUCUUCCUGAGCUAUUGACAUUCCCAUUUGAAUUUACAGCUCAAGUGCACAGCAAUCAGCUCAUUUAUGUGAACAAACUUCUAAAAUAUUGGCACACUAGCAAAAAUGCAGUUGUGAUUGACAGCCAGGAACGUAUUCUGAAGACAGUGCUUUUAAUAUCAUCUUUUGCAAGAGAUAUGAGACGGCCAUUUUUGAUAAUCACAACUCGCCCUGCACUCUCAUAUUGGGAAGACGAGUUCUCACGUUGUGCAUCAUCUAUCAAUGCUGUUGUAUACAAAGGGAAUGAAGACGUCCGUGCUUUUAUUAGGACUCUUGAGUUCUAUAAUGUGCAAGGUGCCAUUAUGUUCCAAGUUCUUAUCUCACAUUGUAAUGCAGUUGUUGAGGACAUUGAAAUGCUUAAAUCUAUAAGUUGGGAAGCAAUAAUCAUAGAUACUAGCCAACAGUCUUCUGUGCUAAAGAAUUUUGAACACAUCAAAGCUCUUGCUACUGACAAGAAACUGCUUCUUUUCCGUCAAAUAGAGGAUAGAAGGUUCAGUUACCGCAAAUUUCUCUCUUUACUUGAUCCAGAAUAUGAAGAUGCCAAUAGUGAUUUCCCAGAGAGCGGAUCUUACACAGAAGACAUCAAGUUCAAAGAACAGUUCACAAAGUAUAUUGCAUAUGAGUGCAAGUCCUCCAUGUCCAAAUUUGUUGAGUACUGGGUCCCAGUCAGGCUCUCAGAUGUGCAAAUUGAACAAUAUUGUGAUUGCCUUCUGUCAAAUUUACCUUUGCUCUGCUCAAUUUUGAAGUGCUCCCUUCAUGACUUACUAAUGUCAACUAGAAAGUGCUGUGAUCACCCAUACCUGGUAGAUUGUACUCUGCGGAAAUCCAUGGUAGAAGGCAUUCCAGCAGAUGACCAGUUAGAUGUUGAGAUUGAACUUAGUGGAAAAUUACAACUCCUCAAUAGGAUCCUUUUCGAGAUUAGGAAACGAGGGCUAAGAGUCCUAAUUCUUUAUCAGUCUUUUGCUGCAUCUGGGGGGAUUUCUAUUGGAGACAUUUUGGAUGACUUCAUUCAUCUAAAAUUUGGAAUAGACUCUUAUGCACGCAUUUGCGGGAAUGUUCCUGCUCCAAUGAGGAGAGCUAUACUGAACAAGUUCAACAAUAAAGAAAGCGGAAAGUUUGUCAUUUUGAUGGAAACAAGAGCUUGUGUUCCUAGCAUCAAGCUUUCAGCUAUAGAUACUGUGGUUCUAUUUGACAGUGACUGGGACCCAAUGAAUGAUUUUAGAGCAUUGCAGAAGAUGACCAUUGAUUCAAAAUUUGAGCAGUUGAAGGUCUUUCGUUUAUAUUCAUCUUGUACUAUAGAAGAAAAAACACUAAUUCUUGCAAAGGGAGGUUUAACUGUUGACAGUAACAUCAAAAGAUUAAAGCAGACAACUUGCCAUGAACUGUUGGCUUGGGCAGCAGUGAGAACAGUGGCUCUGCUAACUGCUUCAGGAUUUUGA